UUACACUCCACACUAAUUUUCGGUUUCUCCCUUCUAAUCAAAGUGAAAUUCUACCGUGAUUACCUUAUGCAUUCUUGAUAAAGCAAAAAAUAAAUUCUUAACACAUUAAUAUAUAAAAUGCCACGGAUAUUCGGCAGCCUUUCGUCUAAUCGUUUUGGACUGCAUCUCUUGCAGAUAUCGCGAUGUCUCAGCUACCAUGCUCCACCACUCUUCCGGCCACGCAGCCUGCUCCAUGCCGAGCGAUUGGGGCAGCUGUGCAGUAGUGCCACCUACGGACCCAAGUCGACGGGUCGCAUCCGGAAAUAUUCGCAGAAGGGCAACAGUGUCUUCUCGAUCAGCGAUAAUGUGGACAUGCUGCGCAAGAGGAUCAGCUGCACCGGCACUUCUGGUCAAGCGCCCAAGAUCCUGCCCAUUGGCCUGAUCACACCGGAAACGGGCGAUGGCAAGGACCUGAAGAUCGUCAUCGUGCCUCUGGACCUGUCCGGCAUGGAUGCCAAUGCACUGAAGGAUACGCUGGAUACCAUCAACGAGCUGAGGCUGUACGCCAACCACAUCGAGGCCUUCUCCAGCAGCAUGGUCGAGGAAUACAGUGCGUUGAACGAGGCCCUUCAGGAUGUGAAAUCCGAGGACCAGUCCGAAGGAGUCAAGGCGGAAGAUCUCAAGUUCUGGGAGACCUUCCCCUCCGCGACAGCGUCGGACGUCGAUGCCGUGGGAACCACCGUGGACGCGGGCCUGGGUGCCACCAACAUGCCCAUGCAACGCCAUGCAGCGGUCAGUAGCUGCCUCCAGAACGCUAUGGGCAAUCCUGGAGCUGCCAAUCCUUCGCUGAAAACCACCAAGGCCAUGUCGGCACUUUCCCAGGCCAAACCGGUUACGAAAUCUACGCUGGAAGCUAAUCUCACGGAGUUCGCCGUCCAGGAUGAGGACUUUGUGGAGGAGGUGCGAGUGGAUGUGCCGCAGGAUCUGACCGAUCGGCUGAACGAUAUGGCCGUCACGUCCAUGGAGCUGUCGUUUGAGAUGGACAUGACCAGCCUGCGUGAUGCCCUGGACAACAAGGGCUCAAAUGCAGUCACCCGGCAGGAUCCCAUGAUCUGUAUGCACACUAAGGUGGAGCUAGACGCGUCCGGAACAGUGGAACAAACGGUCCCGCUCAGGUUCAACGCCUUGAUCUCUGGGGUCGUGGAGAUCGAUAGCCAGAAACUGAAUUCCGCCCAACUGACGGACGACAAGAUGCCCGGCUUCAAUGAUGACCUCACCACGCUGGCAGCCAACCUUUGCAGCACCGCCUUGGAGAGGGGUUUCUCGGGAAACUCGAAAAACUCGGACACCUACAUUGCCGAUCUUGAACUGACCAAGGGUGAGCAGGCCUUUCCGACCAAAAUCAUCGAUACGUCCUUCAUGUCGGCGGCCACCCAAAUAGGACAUCAGCGGGAAGCCCAACAGAAGAUCGCCGAAGAGGCCUCCGCUUUGCCGGGCAUCCAGGAGGUGGAGGUGCCGGUUCCAGUGGACAAGGAUGGCUGCAAGAAUCCACCCGUGAAGCCCAAGCGCAAGUGUCCUGGCAAAUGUCCCCUGAUCACUGAUCCCUGCAAGGAUGAUCCCUGCGAGCGUCCGGAAAAGAAGAAAGCGCCCAAGAAAAAGGCCGAAAGUACCACGGAGAUAACGUCCAUGGCCAAGGGAGGCGACAAGAAGGAUCCUUGUGCAAAGGACGGCAAAGGCAAGGACAAGAAGAAAGACCCGUGUGCCAAGUUCAAGAAGGGUGGCAACGAUGGCGACAAGAAGGAUGGUUGUGACAAGGACAAAAAGAAGGAUCCCUGUGCCAAGGACAAGAAAAAGGAGGAUCCUUGUGCCAAGAAAGACGAUAAGAAAAAGAAGGAUCCUUGCGCCAAAUUUAAGUCCGGGGAGAAGAAAGAUCCUUGUGCAAAGGACAAGAAAAAGGAGGAUCCUUGUGCUAAAAAGAAGGACCCAUGUGCCAAGAAAGACGAAAAGAAAAAGGAUCCUUGCGCUAAGAAAGAUGACAAGAAAAAGGAUCCCUGUGCCAAGAAGGACGAAAAGAAAAAGGAUCCUUGCCCUAAGAAAGAUGAUAAGAAAAAGGAGGACCCUUGCGCUAAAAAGAAGGAUCCAUGUGCCAAAAAGGAUGACAAGAAAAAGGAUCCUUGCGCAAAGAAAGAUGACAAGAAAAAGAAGGAUCCUUGCGCAAAGAAAGAUGACAAGAAAAAGAAGGAUCCUUGCGCAAAGAAAGAUGACAAGAAAAAGAAGGAUCCUUGCGCAAAGAAAGAUGACAAGAAAAAGAAGGAUCCUUGCGCAAAGAAAGAUGACAAGAAAAAGAAGGAUCCUUGUGCAAAGAAAGAUGACAAGAAAAAGAAGGAUCCUUGCGCAAAGAAAGAUGACAAGAAAAAGAAGGAUCCUUGCGCAAAGAAAGAUGACAAGAAAAAGAAGGAUCCUUGCGCAAAGAAAGAUGAGAAGAAAAAGGAUCCUUGCGCAAAGAAAGAUGACAAGAAAAAGAAAGAUCCUUGCGCUAAGUUCAAGAAAGGCGGCAAAGAUGGCAAGGACAAGUGCAAGUUUUCCACCUUUUCAAGGCGCUACUUGUCCACUGCUCUGGACCAGGUCUUCCGCGAAUCCGAUGCCGCUCCUGGUGGUCCCCGCUUCCAUGUCUACUCCACUCUUGUGCGCCGUCACUAUCGUGUCCCUGCUGCCAAGACCCACGAUCUCUGCCAGUGUUCCCUAUGCCAGAAGCUCCAGCUCCACAAGGCAACUGCUCCGGCCAAGUUCACGAUCAACAGCGCCUUCCUGCGACGACGCUUCAGUGGACUGACGAACAAGAUCCUGCCCGGAGGCCUGGCCAAUGCCAACUGGCGGGGAAAGAAGGACAAGAAGGGCGGCAAGUGCGGCCAGAUGGCGCCCAAGUACCCCAAGAGCCGUGGCAAGGACAUCAAGGAGCGGACUGGUCUCCGCGAGGAUUGCUUCAAAGACGAGGACGGCGGUUGUGGCGUCAAGAGCUGCACCGGCAAAUGCGCCAAGGUCAAGUUCCCUAAAAAGAAGUGCGAGCGCAAGGAGAAAAAGGAUGAUGGCAGAAUAGACAGUCUCUUGGCCCGGAAUGCGCUUGUCCAACUGCAGCCGCAGCGGAGAUCCCUCAGCACGCGGGUCUGUUGCCAUCCAAAGUCGGAGGAUAACCACAUUCUGGCUCAACAGGCAUAUGCGUUGCAAAUUUCCAAGUCCUACGAGAUCAAAGUGGUUCCCGUUUCAAGACCUUCACCAAAGGAUUUCGAUGUCCUCAUUCGAACGGGUUCAGUGGCCAUCUCGAACUCCGAUAUCCAUGUCUAUGAGAACGGCAACCGCGACGUGGAGGCCAUGUCCUUGGGCCACGAUGCCACGGGAAUUGUGGAGGAAGUGGGUCGGUGCGUCCACCAUCUGCACGUGGGUGACCGCGUGGUCGUGGAGUCUGCGUUGUCGUGCGGCAUCUGCGAGUUGUGCAAACAGGGGUUGUACAACAUGUGCUCCAGUCUGGUGUACAAUGGCUUUCUGAGCACCUACCAAACGCAUCCGGCGGACCUGUGCCACCGGCUUCCCCCUUCCAUCAGCAUGGAGGAGGGUGCCCUGACCCAAACCCUUGCCCUGGGCUGUCAGGCAUGCUUCAAGGGCAACAUCACGCCCACCAGCAACGUCCUGAUCCUGGGAUCCUGUCCAACGGCAGUGGCGGCGGGCAUAUGCGCCAAGGCCAUCGGGGCCAAGCGUGUAGCCAUUGCCGGAUGUAUGGCUCCCGCGCUGGAUGUGGUGGCCCGGGACUUUGGGUUCCAGGCGGUCGAGUUCGACAGCAACGCCCUGUUCGGCGAGGUGCUGGAGGCCAUCUACAGCAAGUUCCAGGACUGGCCCAGCUGCGUCAUCAACUGCUCCAUAUCGGCCAUGACGAUGAAUCUGGCGGUGAUGGCCCUUCAGCCAUGUGGCGUCUGCGUGCUGGCUGAAUGCGAUUCGGAGUGUGCCAGCUUCAAUGCCCUGGACGUUCUGAUGAAGAACAUCCGCCUGGUGCCCAGUUUUCGGUCCGCCAAUAUGUAUCCCACUGCCCUGCAACUCAUGCGAUCUGGUCGAGCACCAAUGCACAAGUUCAUCACGAACACAUAUCCAUUAAGCAGGGCGGACGAGGCCUUCCGAACUGCCCAGCACGAGUCCAACAUUGGGCUGGGGAAGAUCAUUGUUAACUGUGCGGAAGAAGUGGAUUUUGGAGAUAGUCUGGGGAAAAAUACCAAAUCGGCAACGUAGAAAAUUAUGAUUGUAACAGCUGUAUAGAAGACCGCAUCAAAGAAUUCUAUUAUACUUAAA